CUCGGCCUCCGCGGGCGGCACUAAAGCAUAGCAGCACAGAGAUAGUCCAUAAUUGCUCGUGGUUCGCGGCGGAUUGAUCGGCAAAUUCGCGCGUUGCCUGCACUCGCGCGAAUACGGGGGAGUUUUUGCCUUUUUUGUCUUCUCUUCCCGCACGCAAAAAGACGAGAAUACAGCGGCAGCGGCGGCUGCGGCGAUUUGUCGUAAGGUCGCUAGAGGAAUAUGAUCCGCGUGGACGAGUCGGACCCGGUGGGAGAGAUCGAGCCCAGCUUUCCCUAUAGAGACGUGACGGUACGUCGAGGUGUCGAGUUCAAGGACGAUUAUGACAUUCAGGCGGAGCUCGGACGGGGUAAGUUUGGAAUUGUUUACCGAUGCAAGGACAAAGUGAGUGGCUUGAUGCUCGCCGCGAAAGUGGUGAACGUUAUGAAAAAAGAGGAUAGACGAGCCGUGCAGAGGGAAGUCGAAAUCAUGCGACGCCUGCAACAUCCACGAUUGAUCCAACUGUAUGAUGCCAUUGAUUCGGGAAGACAGAUCUAUGUUAUUCUAGAAUUGAUCGACGGUGGCGAGCUCUUUGAGAGAGUGAUAGACGACGAUUUCGUGCUGACAGAACGCAGCUGCGCUGUUUUUAUGCGGCAGAUAUGCGAAGGUAUAGAGUUCAUGCACGGUCAGAAGAUCUUGCACCUUGACCUGAAGCCUGAAAAUAUCUUAUGCCUGACAAAGGAAGGCAACAGAAUCAAAAUCAUAGACUUCGGUCUCGCAAGGGAAUAUGACCCGAAUAAAAAGUUGCAGGUGUUAUUCGGUACACCCGAGUUUGUUGCCCCAGAAGUCGUGAAUUUCGAUCAAAUUGGAUUUGGCACCGAUGUGUGGAGCAUAGGUGUUAUUUGUUACGUCUUAUUGUCUGGUCUGUCACCAUUCAUGGGCGAUACGGACAUAGAGACAAUGGCCAAUGUCACUAUCGCCAAGUACGACUUCGAUCACGAGGCCUUCAUCGAAAUUUCCGAGGACGCGAAGGAUUUCAUCAGAUGUCUUCUGGUAAAGGACAAGGAAAAGCGAUUCACGGCGGCGCAAUGUCGGGAACACUGUUGGCUGGCCCGCAAGACGCACACUAGGACUAGGACGGAGAAGGAGGUUGUGGGACUGGCGGAGGCCAAACGGAAUGCCUUCAUCGAGAAUCGUUCACCGAUCGUAGGAAUCGUCAGUGAUAACAAAGAUGAGCUGGACGUGACGAAGGACAAUCUCAGGCUAUUCGUCGAACGUUGGCGGGAACAUCCGGACAGCCCGUAUACGAUCGACACGUAUCACGCGUUGCCAAGGAACCCGGCUCGCGAACGCGAUGAGUCGGUCUCUCUGCGAGCUCACAGUCCCUCGCCUUGCGACAGUCUUCCCAGCAGCAGCGCGCCAUCGGAGAAGGUGCUGGACUCAGCCCGAGAUAAUUCUAGUAAUCUGUUAUCCGUGCCGAGUAUUAGCUUGUCUCUGGAGAGAAGAGCGUCCGAGGGUACAGCCUUGCGAAACCGUCGCGAUCCCGCCAGUCAGAUCGCUCUUGCCGAGGAAAUCAUCAAACUGUCAGAACAUCUGCGUGCGAUCGCUAUGGGAUCGCAGACAAGCGAGGAGGACACGGACGAGAGUGCGAUGAGUACAAUCCAGCAUUCCGCCAAGAAGAAGCUCGUCAACAUUGGAAAUACUUGUGGUACGUACGCGAAGAGCAGCGCAACGUUGUCCGUGUCUCAUAACGAAAGAGAGGAGACUAACGAGAUCACGGAGAAGCUGUCCAACAUCACUCGACAGCGAAAGCUCAACGGGACGACCUUUCAUAGUAGUCGUAGUUUCGACAAAUACAUACAAGACACCAAUCCUGGAAACGUAUUUGUAGCUUUGAGGAGAACGAGCAUCAGCGAUAGCGAAACGUCCGAGAGACGCAAGGGUAAGAAAUAUUCCAUCGAGCAGUCGUCGAUGAUCUCCGAGACGAUCGAGGAAAAGUUCAAUGGAGAAACGACGGACAAAAGGACUUCCAUACAGCAGGCGUCUUCUGUCAGCAGAGAAGAGGACAGCAAGGAGAUGGAUUUGACACCACCCUGGCGACACUCGCGAGUCAAACGAUCCUUUGGCGAGACCAGCAGGGACGUGCCGCGGAUAUCGAAUUUGCGGGAUCUGCACAAGAAUCUGAACCUCGACGAACCGAGUAGCGCCAAAGACCUGUUGUUGCACUUGCUGGGCGAAUGGGACGAGGUCACGGCGACACCCUGCGCUGGUGCCGGCAGGAAAUCUGUAAGUCUCGAUUGGUGCGCCGGAGACUCGGUCGCCAGACGGACAAUGAACUCGUUGGCGGAAUACUUCCAGUCGAAGCAACAAGAAGCGCAACCUCCCGACCACGUCGCAUCCUCCACAUCGCCAUCGAUACAUCGUUAAACGUAAAACGCGUGUCUAUUGCGAAACUCGAACUUCGCAUGUUCGUGGAUCGCCACGAGAACACGUAGUUCGUGUUUCAAUUGCGCGCGGAUUUCUCAGGAAAACGCGUUAUUAUAUAUUAUUGUGCGGUUUUAUUCGGUCGUAAAUCUCCUUUUGGAGCGACAUUGAAGCGGCUUAGCGCUUUUCAAAUGAGAUAUACACAUCAUAGAGCUCUGAGGCAAUAUUUUUUGAUAAUUAAUAUAAUGCGCGGGCAUUGUGGUAUUUUUAAUAUUGUAGACGAA